AUGUUGAUCAAUCCAGGUUUGGUGAUUGGCUUUACAGGGUCUCACUGGGAAAAGAGGCUUCUGAUGAAUGAGAUCAUGACUGGUUCUGUGGAUACAAGAUCUGUAGUUUCAAAAAUGACACUAGCUCUAUUAGAAGACAGUGGAUGGUACAAAGCCAAUUAUAGCAUGGCAGACCAACUUGAUUGGGGUCGGAACCAGGGUACUGAGUUUGUUACCUCCCCUUGCAGUCUAUGGAAGGGGGCCUAUCGGUGCAACACAACACAAUUCUCAGGUUGUACGUAUAACAGAGAGGCAGAGGGUUACUGCCCAAUUCUAACCUACAGCGGAGACCUUCCUCAGUGGGCACGGUAUUUUCCUCAAGCUAAUAAAGAGCCAAGAGGGUAUUUGGUUAGAAGUGGAAGGGAAGUGAGGGCCAAGGUCUCUAAAAUGUCUUCUUGGUGUGCGCAAGGCAAGGAACUCUCUGAAGCUACUUAUCUUUUGUACUCUAUGCUCAUUCUAUCUAUUGUAGGCUUGACGAGGAAGAAUAAAAGUGGACAAUCCUCAUUGGCUGAUUAUUGCACUUAUUUUGUUGCAUACUCUGAUGGAUCAUGUACAGAUACUAGCAGUGCAAGGGCACCUGAUAGCAUGCUAGGUGAAAUUCGAGGAAGUAACUCUAGGUGUAUGGCCUCAUCGUUAGUGCGAACAGGAUUUGUACGGGGUUCUCUGACCCAGGGAAAUGGUUGUUAUCAGCACAGGUGUAUCAACACUUCCUUAGAGGUUGCUGUGGAUGGUGUCUGGAAAGUGUGUCCACAGGCUGGUGGAUCCAUUCAGUUUCCUGGCUUUAAUGGUCAAUAUUUAUUGUGGUUGUGUCUGGGCAAUGUCCCAGUGCAUGUAAUUUCAAUGGAGAUUGUGUUGAUGGAAGGUGUCACUGCUUUCUUGGAUUUCAUGGUCAUGAUUGCAGUAGACGUUCCUGUCCCAGCAAUUGCACUGGCAAUGGCAUGUGCCUCACCAGUGGAAUAUGUGAAUGUAAAACUGGCUAUACUGGCAUUGACUGUUCCACUGUGCAGCCUUCAUGGUGGGGUUUGUGAUAAUGGAGUUUGUGAAUUUCGCUGUUCUGACUAUGCGGGAUAUACUUGCCAGAACAGCUCCAUGCUCCUCUCCACUCUUUCAAUUUGCAGAAAUGUGCUGGGAAACGAUGUUUCAGGGCAACAUUGUGCACCCAGUGAAUCUAGCAUACUACAACAGCUAGAAGAAGUGGUUGUCAUGCCCAAUUACCAUCGAUUAUUCCCUGGUGGUGCUAGGAAACUAUUUAAUAUAUUUGGCAGCACGUACUGUGAUGAGGCAGCUAAAAGGCUUGCCUGCUGGAUCUCAAUCCAGAAGUGUGAGAAGGAUGGAGACAACAGGCUACGAGUAUGUCAUUCUGCAUGUCAGGCGUAUAAUCUAGCAUGUGGAGCUUCACUGGACUGCAGUGACCAAACCCUUUUCAGCAGCGAGGGGGAGGGGGAGGGUCAGUGCACUGGCUCUGGUGAGAUGAAAUUGUCAUGGUUUAAUCGACUAAGAAAUUUUUCUUUCAGAAAUAGUUCCUCCAAAGUAAUAUCUGUAAGAUAUAAGCAGCUUUAG